CCAAGGGGUUUCUAAUUUUGAGCAGCCCCACAGAUCUAGAAAUCUCCACGUGACAAGAGCAGCUAUAUGAGAAAGCAACCCAAGCAUCAGGACCAGUAGUAAGUAGCCUACUACCUUCUGCUCCGCUGCUUGCGCAGAUGCAUACAACUUCAAUUAGAUUCUGCUGUUUCUACUCUGUCUUAAAACCCGACAUGAAACUGGACAUUAGAAUGGUAUAGUAAAGUUUGUUGACAUCGAAAAUGACAAGAUUUCACCGGGGAAACACAUUAUCGGAAUAAAAGUCGCGCGUUCACAAAAGGAAAAGCAAGAUAUCUCGGACCUCUGUUCUCUUCAGAAUAACUUUUCAUACAAGAGGGAUGCUGUAUGCUUCAAAACCACUGUGGCUUUCUGAAGGAACUUAGAAGUAGCCUACUGAAGUGGAUUUAGUCAUAUGCAGCAUUCAAAAGGACACUUGUGAAUGAGAGGAUCCGUGAAUUUAAUAAAAUGAUAGUAUUCAGCGGUAUGAUACUAUGUUGUCGCUUUUCAUCUAAUGUGUGACAAAUUGGAAUCAUUCAAGAAACUGGAGGACACUGAACCAGAAAAUCCAUCCCAGAUUAUUCCCAAACAUCACUGGCACUUCUUAUUCGAGUCGGAACACCAUAUAGCCGUCCAGAUGCAGUUUCGACUUUUCUCAUUGGCUUUAAUCGUGUUGAACUGUAUGGAGUACAGCAACUGUCAAACACAGUCAAAUCGCUGGAGGAGGAACAAAAGAGCUAGCUAUGGAGCCAACCUCAUCUGCAAGGGCUGCUCUGUGUGUUCUAAGGACAACGGUUGCGUGAACUGCCAGCCCAAGCUCUUCCUGUUCCUACGGAGGGAGCGGAUGAGGCAGUACGGCGAGUGUCUGCACGCCUGUCCAUCGGGAUACUACGGCAUGCGAGCUCCGGAGAUCAACAUGUGCUCCAGGUGCAGGAUAGAUAACUGUGAGUCUUGCUUCAGUAAAGACUUCUGCACCAAAUGCAAGGCAGGGUUUUACCUGCACAAAGGCCGCUGCUCUGAGAAGUGCCCCGAGGGCUUUGCACCCCAGGAGGACACCAUGGAGUGCGGAGAGGGCUGUGAGGUUGGCCAGUGGAGCGACUGGGGGUCCUGCACCAGGAGAAACAAAACCUGCGGUUUCAAGUGGGGGCUGGAGACACGGACACGGCACAUCGUCAAGAAGCCACCCAAAGAUACGAUACCCUGUCCCACCAUUGCCGAGUCUAGAAGGUGCAAAAUGGCCAUCAGGCACUGCCGGAGAGGAGGAUCAGGGAAGCAUCGGAGCAAGGAGCCAAAGAAAAAGUCCAACAAGCAGAGGCUUCUGUUCCGGGCCCAGAACCAGCACAGUGAUCACCUGGCAUCCGUGCGCUCCAGGCCUACCGAGGACUGAGACGACCCCAUCCCCCCACCCCCUCCCCGCAACCUCCCCCUGAGGAACCCAAACAACACAAAGCUGCUAGCCGCUGCUACCCCCCUCCAACAAACACACAGUAAAGCUACACCCAGUUGCUGACGCUACACACACCCGUAGCACAGUACACCCAUGCUCUCUGCCCCACCUCUCUCUGCCUCCCGCUAUUUCCCAGUGCCCCCCCCCCACUCAACCCAGCACCCCCUUGUACUGUAAAGUACCGCUGACCGCUCAGCCGGUCCACUCCGCACUGCCUUUUUUUUCUGACCCCACCGUGACAUCGUAGAACUCAUACUUUUCCUUUCGCUCGCACGUCAUAAAUGUCUUGGGGGGGAGACAAAAACGAGUACAAAGACAGUCAGACUGAGGACGCGAAAGAGCAGAAGGAGAAUGACAUGGAUGUUUGAUAGCGGCGAUGACAGCCGUCGAAGGGAAAGAUGUUCGAGGCGACGACAAUGACGACUGCGGAGGAGAGACUGAGGAGGAGGAUCGCAGGGAGAGGAGAGUUGCCAGAAGCCACGAGGGUGGUGGAUAUAAGUGACGUCUUGAAAUAAGAGACUUCUGUAUUUAUGUCAAAGCGAACCCUCCCACCCCCACGAUGGAGGAGUGUUCCGUGUACGGCCUUUUUGUUCAUUGUGUACAUUUUUGAGAGUCAUGUUAAGAAAUACCAUGCAUAGUUGCAAAGUAUUUUAUUCUCAGCACAAAAUGUUUACGUCCAGAACCGCUUUAAUGUGGAUAAAGAAAUGUAGUUGUUCGACUUAGCAUGGCAACAAACUCAUGUUCAUAGUGGGUGAGUUUAUCUCGUUAUAAAACUGUAUUUUCAGUAUUGACUUCACCGUUCUAAAUGUUUUAGAGAAAAGGUUGUAAUACCAAGCUACAGGUUAAAAAACAUUGAAAGCUAAUGAAUAAAACAUAGCCACCACAUAGCUAUUACAUUUAUAUGGUAUAUAUUAGAUUUAUUUAUUGAUUCUAUUUUGUACUUUUGUGUUUGGUGACAUUUUUGUGUCAUGCUGUUACUGCUCUGUGCUGAAAUAUUCUUUGAAUUCCUUAUAACAAUACAAGUAUCUUUAAAAGCG